UACUCGAUGUAAUUUCUUAAAAUCACAGGGGUUAAUUUGCAAUAACUUCAUCUCAGCUAAUUUCCACCGGCAUUCGCCAACCAUAUGUACCAAUAACCACUCACGCCGAUCUCUGGAUUUCUCUCUGUCUCUCCCAACUCUAGUUUCUUUUCGCUCUACAAUCCCACAUAUUUCAAUUUCGGACUUAUAUGAUUAAUUUUGUUCUUUUUUCUGAAUAAUCUAGUAUUUUCUGUUCAAAUUUGUGUUUGUUUCUUAUACAUUUGGGGCUUCUAGUGAUCGAUCUUUCACUAGGAGGCGGAGCUAGGAAGGUAUUUCGGCGUUUCCAGUGAUAAUUUUGGCUUGUUAGUGACACUUCAGUUUUCUACUGUAUGUUUCCAAAAAGAAGCUUGGGUUUUAGAUUUAUGUCAUCCGUAAUGCUACUACGAGUCUGGAAAAUCAACAUUAAGAUCAGUGUCGAGCGUGUUUAUGUAACUCUAUCUAUUAGUUUCUGAUAGCGCCGAAAGUGGAACGUACUGCGGCAGUUGCUUUUGGAGCAGUUUCCGAAAAAUGGAAACUUGAGCAAUGCUGUUGUUUUGUUGUCAUUUUAUGCUGUAAAUGAGUAUUUGAAGUUACUUCCUUUUGGUGAUUUUAUGUUCAUUUCAUCUACCCCGCUCAGGAAAACAGCUAAAUGAUUGGAAAUGGUAUUAAGGAAGUAGUUACUGAGCAGGAAAUGGGAAUAUAAUAUGAAGUUUAAGAAUCUCCUAUGAUGCAAAAUUUGAUGCUUUGUAGGAAUCUAUGGUAUGGAGCAAAUUCGAGUUAUUGAAGAGGCAACUUCAAUAUAUUCUGCUUGAGUUUCUUAAAUAAUUGUUUUUUUUCCUUACCAAACUUGAGUUGAGCGACUCUAUUAUCAUCAUGGGAACCUCACAUCGCAGUGGGAUAUUAAGGAGAUCAAAUGACACUGCCCGACUUCUAUUAACAACAAUCAUGGGAAUUGUCUUGGGAUAUUUUAUAGGUGUUUCAUUUCCAUCUGUUUACUUAAGUAAGAUUAAUCCACCUUCAAGUUUCAUGAAAUCUCUUGACAUGGCCUUAAAUGAUGAUCCUCAUAGUUCUACUAGUCGCAGUUUACCUGAAAACCUUGCUACCGGAAGUACUCCUUUGACAACUAAGAUAUAUGUUCCUACAAAUCCCCGUGGUGCAGAGUCUUUGCCACCAGGAAUCGUUGUCUCAGAAUCUGACCUUUAUCUUCGUAGAUUAUGGGGUGACCCUAAUGAGGAUCUGAAAAGGAAGCCAAAGUACCUAGUGACAUUUACAGUUGGUUUUGAACAAAUGAACCGUAUUGAUGCAACAAUUAAAAAGUUCUCGGAGGAUUUUCAAAUACUGCUUUUCCAUUAUGAUGGUCGAGCCAGUGACUGGGAUCAAUUUGAGUGGUCACGCCGUGCCAUACAUGUCAGCGCAAGAAAACAAACAAAGUGGUGGUACGCAAAAAGAUUUUUACACCCAGAUGUUGUAUCAGCUUAUGAUUACAUUUUCAUUUGGGAUGAAGAUCUUGGAGUUGAACACUUCAAUGCUGAUAAGUAUAUUCAAUUGGUUAAAAAACAUGGUUUAGAGAUUUCCCAACCAGGUCUUGAACCCAAUAAUGGACUUACCUGGCAGAUGACUAAGAGGAGAGGUGACAGAGAAGUCCACAAGGAUACAGAGGAGAAACCAGGCUGGUGCAGUGAUCCGCGCUUGCCUCCAUGUGCAGCCUUUGUAGAAAUCAUGGCUCCAGUAUUUUCUCGUGAAGCAUGGAGAUGUGUUUGGCAUAUGAUCCAGAAUGAUUUGGUACAUGGCUGGGGAUUGGAUUUUGCAUUAAGAAGAUGUGCAGAUCCUGCACAUGAAAAAAUUGGUGUUGUUGACUCACAAUGGAUUAUCCAUCAAGUAAUUCCGUCACUUGGAAAUCAGGGACAGACUGUUGAUGGAAAAGCUCCAUGGCAAGGGGUGCGAGAGAGAUGCAGAAACGAAUGGAAGAUUUUUCAGGAUCGGCUUUCUACUGCAGACAAGGCAUACUUUUCCCAGCUGUAGAAUAAUGUGACGGACGGCUCUAUUGUGUGUAUAUUGCAUGGCAUUUCCCUUUACUUCCUAUCAUCCCGAGUGUUGUUUUGUAGCUUUAUUCUUUUUGUGAGAUGCAGCUUUUCGCGAGGCGUAGAUUAACCACGUUAAGUUUAGUGUAAAUCAUCUUUGGAUGAUGUUUAAAUAGCGGAUUUUAGGAGCUGGUACGUAGAUUUGUCUACUUGAAUUCUUGUUCAAGUGCUCUUCUAUGUUUCUAUUCCAGUGUGAACUUCAAACUA